UCUCAGAGCGCAGCCCGCGCCGGUCCCGGCCGGGAUGUUCUCCCGCAGGAGCCACGGCGACGUGAGGAAAACCACCCAGAAGGCGCUGGACCCCAGGAAGGACGUGCCCACCCGCCUGAAGCACCUCCGGGCGCUGCUCGAUAUUGUGGAUGCAAGUGAACUUAAGCAAUUUUUUGAGACCAACUAUUCUCAGAUAUAUUUUAUCUUCUAUGAAAAUUUCAUAACACUGGAAAACAGCCUAAAAUUGAAAGGGAAUAAAUCACAAAGGGAGGAGCUGGACUCCAUUCUCUUUAUUUUUGAAAAAAUCUUGCAACUACUACCAGAAAGGAUAUUCUUCCGAUGGCAUUACCACAGUAUAGGAUCAACUUUAAAGAAGCUUUUGCACACUGGAAACUCUAUUAAGAUAAGAUGUGAAGGAAUUCGGUUAUAUCUUCUAUGGCUUCAAGCACUUCAAACAAACUGUGCGGAAGAGCAGGUGCUAAUUUUUGCCUGCCUUGUGCCAGGCUUUCCAGCAAUCAUGUCCUCAAAAGGUCCCUGUACACUAGAUACCCUCAUAAAUCCAGCCUCCAAUCUGUCUGAUGCCAAGGUUUGUCCUGAAGAAAUCAUCCCACUUUUGCCAGCUGUAGCAGGUGAAAAAGUUGUUGAGGACCAAACCUGCUUUUUUCUUCAAAUAUUGUUGAAGUAUAUGGUAAUUCAGGCUGCAAGUUUGGAGUGGAAGAAUAAGGAGAACCAAGACACUGGGUUUAAGUUUCUCUUUACUUUAUUCAGGAAGUAUUAUCUUCCUCAUUUGUUUCCAUCAUUUACCAAGUUAACCAACCUCUAUAAGCCAGUACUGGAUAUUCCUCAUUUGAGACCAAAGCCAGUAUACGUUACGGCAACUCGAAACAACGAGAAUGUGUACAGCACAAAGAUCCCCUACAUGGCUGCCCGGGUCGCUUUUAUUAAAUGGAUCGUAACUUUCUUUCUGGAAAAGAAGUACCAGACUAUAGCUCAGAACACUAAAAACGGAGCAGAGAUGUUGCCUAAGCUGAUCCAGACUGCUGGUGGUAAUGUGCAAGAGAAAAAUCCUGAGGCGGAGGGCAGUGGAUCAUCUGAACAGGACAAAAACCACUCUAACAGCAGCACCUUGUCUGACCGGAGACUCAGCAAUUCAAGCCUCUGUAGCAUUGAAGAAGAACAUCAAACAGUGUAUGAAAUGGUGCAGCGAAUUCUCUUAUCUACCCGGGGCUAUGUCAAUUUUGUCAAUGAAGUAUUUCGCCAGGCAUUUCUGUUGCCUUCCUGUGACAUAUCAGCCACCCGGAAAGUGGUCAAAGUAUACCGAAAAUGGAUACUGCAGGAUAAACCCGUUUUCAUGGAGGAACCAGAUAAAAGAGAAAUCACUCAAGAUGACAUUGCACAUUUGGGAUUUUCAGAGACAGAGGCGGAUGAGACCGAUGGCAAGGAGGCCGCCUCCGAGCAUUCCGGUCACAAACGAUCUUCCAGUUGGGGACGGACUUAUUCCUUUACUAGCGCAGUUAGCCGAGGAUGUGUGUUAGAAGAGGAAAACAGGAACGUUAAAGCUGGUGCUCAAGCUGCAUUACAGGUGUUUUUGACGAACUCUGCCAACGUUUUUUUGUUGGAACCAUGUGCUGAAGUCCCCAUACUCUUGAAGGAGCAAGUUGAUGCUUGCAAAGCAGUUUUGAGUAUUUUUAGGCACAUGAUAAUGGAGCUUACAAUGAAUAAAAAAACAUGGGAACAGAUGUUACAAAUACUACUCAGGAUAACAGAAGCGGUCAUGCAGAAACCAAAGGAUAAUCAAAUAAAAGACUUGUUUGCUCAGAGCUUGGCUGGGUUACUGUUUAGGACCCUCAUUGUGGCUUGGAUCCGAGCAAAUCUGUGUGUUUACAUUUCUCGAGAACUUUGGGAUGAAUUCCUCAGCGUACUGUCUUCCCUUACGGACUGGGAGGAACUCAUAAACGAGUGGGCCAAUAUCAUGGAUUCUCUAACGGCUGUUUUGGCAAGAACAGUGUAUGGUGUGGAAAUGACAAAUUUACCCCUCGAUAAAUUAAGUGAGCAAAAGGAAAAAAAGCAGAGGGGCAAAGGUGGCUGCAUUUCAGAUUCUCAGAAGGGAUCAGGUGUUGGGAGAUCAUUUUCUUUAAGUUGGAGAAGCCAUCCUGAUGUUACAGAACCGAUGCGAUUCAGGAGUGCUACUACAUCUGGGGCACCAGGAGUUGAAAAAGCAAGAAACAUUGUCCGUCAGAAAGCAACUGAUGUUGAAGAGUGUCAACAGCUGGAAAAUGGAGCGGGCAUAGAAUCCACUGGCCUGUUGGUUGACCAGGAACAGCAAAUAACUCGUAGCAGCAGCACUUCAGAUAUUUCUGAGUCCUUUCGAGGCAAAAAGAAUGAGAACUCCCAGAAUCUGUGUCCUUCAGACUCCAGAUCUGUUCAAGAAAACAAAGGGUACAUGAAGAAAGAAAAUGAAGGACCCACGAUUUUAGUACGAAGAAGCAGCAGCCCAGCUGAAUUGGAUUUGAAAGAUGAUUCUCAGCAGAUGCAAGGAAAAUGUAGGGAAAGACAAAAGAGUGAGAGCAUUAGUAGCGAUACCUCCAUCGGUUAUGGUAACGAGGUAGAGAUGAAUUCCUGGCGACCAUUUGAGGAAGAUCAAGAAGCGAACAUCCCACCGGAUGUUGCCGGGGAUUCAGGUGCUCAACACUGGCUACAGUUGAGUCCUACAGAUGCUGCAAAUCUAACAGAUAGCAGCGAGUGCCUUGCCGAUGACUGCAGUAUAAUUGCUGGUGGGAACCUGAUAGGUUGGCAUCCAGAUUCUGCAGCUGUAUUAUGGAGAAGGGUCUUGGGAAUCCUUGGAGAUGUGAACAAUAUCCAGUCCCCCAAAAUACACGCAAAAGUCUUUGGCUAUCUCUAUGACCUCUGGUACAAGCUAGCAAAGAUAAGAGAUAACCUGGCAAUCAGUGUGGAUAACCAGUCUUCCCCAUCACCUCCUGUUUUGAUCCCACCACUCAGAAUGUUUGCAUCCUGGUUAUUUAAGGCCACCACUUUGCCAAAUGAAUAUAAAGAAGGCAAGCUGCAAGCCUACAGGCUGAUCUGUGCUAUGAUGACCAGGCGCCAAGAUGUCCUGCCAAACUCUGACUUCUUGGUGCAUUUUUAUCUCGUGAUGCACAUUGGCUUAACGAGCGAAGAUCAGGAUAUUUUAAACACUGUCAUAAGGCACUGUCCACCCCGAUUUUUCUUCUUGGGUUUACCUGGCUUCACAAUGCUGAUAGGAGACUUCAUCACAGCUGCAGCCAGAGUCCUCAGUACAGACAUGUUGGAGGCCCCUCGUUCAGAAGCUCACACCAUUCUUGGUUCUCUUGUUUGCUUUCCAAACAUCUACCGGGAAAUUCCUGUACUGCAGUCAUUUCCCAAAACGGAUGCGGUCAUCCCAGGAUCUGAAGACAUCAAAUGUUACCUCAUAAAUAUUUUACUGAAGAAUGCAACAAGUGAGCCAAGUGAAGGCGCAAGGUGCAUCGCUGUAUGCUGCCUUGGCGUUUGGAUAUGCGAAGAACUUGUGGAGUGCACAAGUCACCCUCAAGUGAAGGAUGCAAUAAAUGUUAUAGGUGUUACCUUAAAGUUUCCCAAUAAAAUUGUGGCUCAGGUAGCUUGCGAUGUCCUUCAGUUGCUGGUUUCUUAUUGGGAAAAGCUCCAGAAGUAUGAAGCCCCUUUGCCAAGGAAAAUUACUGAAAUCCUGGUGGCUACCAUUGCCUUCCUUUUGCCGAGUGCUGAAUACUCCUCAGUGGAAACAGACAAGAAGUUCAUUGUUUCUCUGUUGCUCUGCUUGUUGGAUUGGUGCAUGGCAUUGCCAGUGAAAACUUUGCUGCAUCCGGUGUCUACUUCUGUGCUUGAAGAUCAGCACUCACCUAGAGCCCCUUUACUGGAUUACAUUUACAGGGUCUUGCACUGUUGUGUUUGUGGCUCAAAGACCCAGCAAAGCCACUACACGUUGACCCUGGCUGAUCUUUCAGCUUCUGAUUAUGAUCCGUUUUUGCCCCUGGCGAAUGUCAGGAACUCUGAGCCAGUAGCACAGUAUCACUCUUCAGCAGAUCUAGGCAAUCUGCUCACUGUUGCUGAGGAAAAAAGAAGAAGAAGUCUGGAGUUAAUCCCCCUGACUGCCCGGAUGGUGAUGACCCACCUAGUGAACCACUUAAGCCACUACCCCCUAAGCGGGGGUCCCGCCAUCCUGCACAGCCUGAUUAGCGAGAAUCACGACAAUGUUUACGUGGAUUCUUCUGAGCUCUCCUCUGACGUUUUUAGGAGCCCCAACUUGCAGCUGUUUGUGUUUAAUGACAACACACUCAUCUCUUAUCUACAAAUUCCAGCAGAAAGAACAGAAGCAGGAGAGCCAGCUGGACCUCUCUCUCAUGUCAGAGUAAUUGUGAGGGAUAUCUCAGGGAAAUACUCGUGGGAUGGCAAAGUACUGUAUGGACCACUGGAAGACUACUUAGCCAGAAACAGUGGAAGUCGUUCAUUUGUGAUGUCGGGCAGUCACCCUCAGUCAUGGGACCCGCCAAGAGAUUUUUCUCAAAUGGAAGGAGGGGAUGAUGCUCUUGACCAACUACUUGAAAAGAUUGGAAACACAAGUCCUGAAUGCCUUUUGCCAUCACAGAUGCAUCUAAACGAGCCUUCGCCUCCCCCUUUCGGAAUGAGUCGGGAGCAAGAAACGGAGAUCGUUGGAGCAAUUCUGCGGCAGAACGCACAAGAGGAGGAGUAUGUCCGUGGAUGUCGCUCCAACUUCGCCGUGCGGGUCGCGAGUCAAGUGCAGCCGAACCCCACUGAACCCCAAGGACCGUUUUAUUUCUGCAGGCUGCUGCUUAAUGACUUAGGAAUGAAUUCUUGGGACAGAAGAAAAAAUUUUCAUCUUCUGAAGAAAAAUUCUAAAUUAUUGCGAGAGCUAAAAAAUUUGGACUCCCGCCAAUGCCGUGAAACCCACAAGAUUGCCGUGUUUUACAUUGCUGAAGGGCAAGAAGACAAGUGCUCAAUAUUAUCCAAUGCAAGGGGAAGCCAGGCAUAUGAAGAUUUUGUUGCUGGACUUGGUUGGGAGGUCGACCUUUCCAAGCAUUGUGGAUUUAUGGGCGGCUUGCAACGUAACGGCAGCACGGGACAAACUGCCCCAUACUAUGCUACCUCUACCGUCGAAGUAAUUUUCCACGUGUCCACUAGAAUGCCAUCGGAUUCGGAUGACUCACUCACCAAAAAGCUUCGUCACUUGGGAAAUGAUGAGGUUCACAUUGUCUGGUCUGAACACACCAGGAACUACCGCAGGGGUAUUAUACCAACAGAUUUUGGAGAUGUUUUAAUUAUUAUUUAUCCAAUGAAGAAUCGCAUGUUCUUCAUCGAGAUAACGAAAAAACCGGAGGUUCCCUUUUUUGGACCUUUAUUUGAUGGAGCAAUAGUGACUUCCAAACUGCUGCCGAGCCUCAUCUGUGCCACGUGCAUCAAUGCCAGCAGGGCCGUGAAGUCUCUCAUACCACUCUAUCAGAGCUUUUAUGAAGAACGCGCUGUGUAUCUUGAAGCAAUAAUCCAGAAUCACAGAGAAGUAAUGACAUUUGAGGAUUUUGCUGCUCAAGUCUUUUCUCCCUCUCCUAGCUACUCCCUUAGUGGAACGGAUUGAAAUGUGUAAAGGUCUCAUUUUGGUAAUCAGAAAAGGUUUUCUCACUCCCAGUUUGAGUGCUGACCUAGCUGUAGCUAUCUGAGUUGAACGGGGAGAGCAGAUUUCCCCGUCACUGUCAUGAGCCACGAAACUCAAAGUCUCUGGGAAACUUCAUCGUUCAACUAGUGCUUUCAACAAAUCUACAAAUUAAAGAACUUUUUGGAAGCCCAAAGGCAGCUCCGUAUUUCUUUCAACUCCGAAGAGGCAAGAUCAGCUGUAGUGUCAAUAGAACUCUGUCUGUGGGUCUCCAAGAAAGGAUUUUCUGUCACACAAUCAUAAUUCCUCUCAAAGAAGAAAAACUUACUGAUAAACAAAUAGCUUAGUUAUCCCUUGUGCACUUGUUGUGGCUGGUGUAGAAACAACUACAGGUGAUUCCUAAAUGGCUUUGAUAAGUAUAGCCGGUAAUUGGUUUGGUGUAACGCAAGUCAUUUUCCCCUGUUACAGAUACAAGCAUAAUUAUGCUAGGAGGGCGAUCACACAGCCAUUGAAACUAAUGCUCUGUUAAAUUUCCUCUCCUUGUGUUUGUCGAUUGAAAUAAUAUUGGGAUCUGGGGAUCUAUGAUCCAUUCAAAAACGGGGGCAACCCCCGAGAGCCCAAAAGUAGCUUCACAUUAAUUCAAUUGAAUGUCCAUCACUUCUUGUUCGGGUGGAAGUGAUUUUCCAUCAGACACUGUCACUCCAUUGCAACAGAGGACUCCUUGCAGUCCUGAAGUGAUCUGUCAAUCGUCAAAUCCAGCAAGCAGCACCCUAGUCCCAGCCUCAUUCCCCAUCUCCUGAAGAAACAGGCACAUCAUCUCUCAGACAUACAUACAACUGCCUGGCGCCUCUUCCUCCCUCAUCGCCUCGUUUUCUGUCCUCCCAAAAAGAGAUGGGGAGGGAAUGCUGGAGAGUGCUGCCCCACUCUAGCAGGAGUGGAAGACACACACCCCACACCCCUGAGUCCUGCUCUCUGUCAUCAUCCCUUCCCCAAGACAGACCAGAGGGGCCAGGAGAAGGGUAUUAUGACAGUACCUCUGAGGAUGUGCUUGUUUCCAGGAUCACAUCAGCCUCUGCCUGGCCCUGCAAGCUCCAAGUGGGGACACCCAGGGGGUGCUCAAUAAAUGACAUCGGUCCUGUUGCUUCGGAGUUGCUUUGGCCUCAGAGCUUGUUGGUAUGUUUUGGUAGGUCUGCAGAGCGCAUUUUUAUUCCUGGCCACGAUCUUCCCAGGAUGCUGAGCACGUUCAACUGCUAGAAUUGCAACCACUUCUCCAUGCUAUGGUGAGAAAUUUGCUAGAAUUCACUGGGCUAGUGGAAUUAAUGAGCUGAAGUGUCUCUCUUACAUCAACUUUAACCCCUUUUAAAAAGGCCAUCCUGGGAAAAUGUUGAUCUGUCUAUUUUACCCCCAGUUGCCUAAGAUUUAGAGUCACUUCAAGCUCCAGUGCUGAGACUACACCGAACUACUGUGUAAACCCAAAGAAGGGAGAAAGGUGGAGCAUAGUAUAGCUAUCUGGGACCAUUUUUUAGCACUUCUGAGGCAGAGCUCUUCUGUUUAAGGUUCCAAAGAUAAAUCAAUAUUUGGUGACAUUUUGCUUUUUCCUCAUUUCCUCUUUCCCUUUACAAUCCCGGGCCUUCCACUCCUGUAUUAAAUCCGGUGUUUGUCUUCCUGAGCGACUUCUUCCGCCAAUGCUAAGACUUGGGAAGUGCACCCUGGCCCUUAACCUUGUACCUAGGACUGAAAGCGGGCGUGCUCAGCAGUCAGAGCAGGAACCCAUAACCCCGUCAGAAAACACAACUCAACCUCUUACCCUCAACUCCUCUCGUCCUCCCCAGUGAAAGCAGAGGGGGACAUUUAGGGGGACUCUGAUAUGGGGCACAUGUGGGCAGGUAGAUGAAGAGGAGAGUGGAUCUAGGGGAAGGCUAAAAAUAUAAACCUGCCAAAGGCACCCACAGACACAUGGAAUUCGGGAAUGAGAUAAUUCAGAGGAAACUCUUUUUAAAAUAACAUUGCAUGACUCACAAAGUGCUGUUCUGGUAUCUAAGGGAAUGCCACUGUUUCAAGGAGGAUGUUGAAAAACCAACUGGUAACAGGAAACGGCUUACCUGCCAUCUAUUUUUGGGAAGUGACACGGCAAACGUAGAGUAUAAAGCCAGUCACUUCUGACCAUCAUGGAAAGUGCAGCCAAGUGUUGGCAUCUUAAUUGGACCUAUCACUUUUCCCUUUUGGUGACCUCAAAUUCCUUGGGCUAACAUGUUUUGUGUAUGUAAUUAAAAUCCCGAUAAUUAAUUGGGAUAUCUAGAGAAACACAUUAACAAUAAUAAAAUGGACUUGCAGCAGAGUUUCUGGGCUUGGACCUAUUCUGAAAUUAGGAAACAUUUGCAGAAUUUGAAACCAUCAGUUUUCAUCAAUUGCUAUGUAAGGGCAUAUGGGUGUGAAAUAACUAAUUUUACAAGCACGUCAACAUAUCAGAAGGCAGAGUUAACUCUCUUCUGUGUUUUUCACACUGUUUAUAUUGCAACAUCACACAGUGGUUCUAUCUUACUGAAGGAGGAAUAUGUACUAUGCCCCUAAUAGACUUCUUCCACCAGAGGUUGGAAAAAAGACCAAAACCACUAGUUACUAUAGGCUAAAUGAAUCUUAACUCAUGCCUUAUAAUCUAAGGCUAAAUAUAUUCACAUCAUCUUGCCCAGGUAAUUUUAUGAUCCAGAGGUUAAAAAACCAUUUUCUUACUACACUUCCCAAAAUGGUUCUGAAUUAGAAAUGUUUGCUACUAAAUAAUCUCUCUCUAUACAUACACACACACAUACAUACAUAUAUAUAUAUAUAUAUCUUUUGAAAUUGGAAAGAUCAAUUCAUUUGUUAGAAAAGCAAAUACUGCACCUUUGCAAAAAAAUGUCUUUUGAUUAAAUGUAUAAAGAAAUGAUAAUCACAAUUAACACACACCCUAGACACCCAAGCUAUGUCACAUUAACAGGCCAACCAUCAGUGAAUGUAAAGUGCCCCUAAUUAAGUCUAAAUGCGAUAUGACUUGAUGGUUUGAGAGCAGUUCUCACCUAUUUUUAUAAUGUCCUGGAUCUUAAAAUACACCCAGCACAGGUUCUCACUAUGGGCUUUGCACUUUUUAACAAGUCAUUCAGAAAAGUAAGGAAAUUGAAACACAAGCAUGUGACCUUAAAUAGGCAAAAAAGAAAAUCCACUUAAGAUAUGAUUAUUACAAGUGUCUUUCAAAAUAUGCAGUUAAUGAGUUAAUGCUGCAAUCUCUGGGGACUAGAGGGUAAUGAAUGAGACUGGGCCUUGGAUGACAGGUUUUGUUGGUUUGUCAAAACUUCAGCCUUACAAGAAUCCUGCAGAUUCAGCAAUGUGCAGACUCAACUUCCCCUUCCUGAAGCUCUCAGGUUUAGCUAACCUGUUCUUCCAAGAUUUUGAUUUUAUUUUUAAUGUUCUGAUCAAUACUUUAAAAUUUACUGUGAUUUCUUAUAUGAAGUUUCAUUUGUUUAUCUCAACUGAAGGGGAAUUUCUAUAGAAGCAAAAUUCACUAUGGACUCCAUUUUUUUUUUUUUAGUUGCACUCAAGAGAUCUGUAUACUUCAGUGAAUGUUUCCUUCUGUUUUCAGAUCUAUGGUGUCUAGUGAAUGUAAAUAAGGAAAAGAAUUUGAUAAAUAUUUACAGUAAAAUUAACUUCUAGUGUAUUUUUUCUUUUGGAUUUCUUAUUUUGUCAUUAAAAUCGAACUUUUAGGUGAAUUUAUGUUAAAGUUUUUGAACCAGGCACCGCAAGUUAAUACUACUCAUGUCACUCGUUCAUGGUCUACCUUCAGUGGCUGAGAGGUUCCGCCCUGCAUGAGCCAGGCCCAGCUCAUAGGACCUGCAAAACCAGAGCCUACGAGGUUGUGCCGUUAUAGAGAGGAAAUUCAGUUUGGGGCAGGCCAAGCUUCGACCGCCCCCUCCAUACCUCCUCUCCCUCACCAAACUCCUUCUCUGUCUCCUGUGACACGCCCACUGUCCGACUAACCGGAAAAGGCAGAGAGGGAUGAAGAGGAUACUCCAUUCUUCAAUUUAGUUGCAUCUUCCUCUCAGUUUAGCAUAGCAGUGAUAUGCUCUCUGACCCAGGCCCCAGGGACAUGCUGCUACAGUGUCUGAGAGACAUAGAAAGGCGCCUCUUUUAAAUGCUGGGCAAAGGUCUUUUUUUUUUUUUGUAAAUUUAGGGGUUGACGAGACUAGACCCAGAUCCCAUCUUAGAGUCAUACCCUAGAAACAAAUUCAGAUAAAUUGUUACAGUUUAUGUCGGCCACUUGAUUUUUUAUUUUAGUUGAGAUUUUUCUUAACUCUAAUUGAAUGUGUCAAAAAAUUAAUUACAAAAAUAGAAUUUGGGUGCUGCAGGUUGAAUUCAUUUUCAUUCUGAUUGUUUGAUAGAAGGAGAUGGUUGUUCUUAAUGUGCAAUAAAUUACAUGUUGAAUUCA